AUGGACAUCGAAAAAGGGACGACCGACCAGUCUUUCCUCUCAGGGUAUCCUUCACUGGCAGCUUUCAUUGCCAGUGAUCGCGAUCAGACAACAACAAUCUUCAAGAGGUUCAACCGUUUAGCCGCACGACACUUGUUACAUCUUCAGAGUCAGCUUGCCGAGUUGCAAGCCGAACAAGAUGCGCUCGACCGCAAAGAUGCCUUGGGUCCUCUAGAAGUAAAGCAGUACUCACGUAACUGGGCUGAGUUCACAGCAGCAGCCGUCAACGAUCCUCAUCAGAAGAGACGGAAGGAGCUGAGUGAUGAGAUAGGUCAAACACUCAAAGAGUAUCGAGAGGCUCUGCUAUACGAAAGCCAGUUGGCAUCGCUUCCCAGACCGCCAAAACGAACACUUGAGGCAUUUCGUUUCAAGUUCUUCAAUUAUGGAAGCGGAAAGCCAUAUCCGACUCUGGGUGCACAUAGUAGGGCGUUGUUCGACGACGAUGACGACCUGGUAGUGUUGAAAGUACAAGACCGCGAUCGGCUGACUGCGUUUCUGCAAGAUCACUGCUCAAGGAUUUUCAAAGUGGAGAAAGAUAGAGAUGGCAUUCUAUAUUCAUCGGAUCAGCGGAUAGCUCGGACUGUGACUAUUCUGUGUACCUUGAACGCUGCUGCGCUGCUUGUAGGGGCUAUAGUAACGCUCUACGCGAUAUCCUCCGAGAAAUCAAAGUUGGGUGUUAUUGCUCUCUUUACUGCCCUUUUUGCAGCCAAUGUAGGAAUUUUGACAAAUUCAAGAAGAUCGGAGGUUUUUGCUGCGACAGCUGGGUACGCUGCAGUGCUAGUUGUCUUCGUCAGUGGGAAUAUCGGUACUCAGGAAACAGGGAGAUGA